AUGGAUACAAGCUUUCGUGUCGUGGCGAGGCUACCGACCAGUAUUGCCGGCCCUCCAAGGUUGACAAACAACUCUGAAGUCGCGACAAUGGCAUAUUUACGAUCCAAGUUUUCGCUGCCAAUACCCAAAGUCCUGGAUUGGAGUGACGACCCAGCCAAUGCGAUCGGCACUGAAUAUAUAAUUCAGGAACAUGUUGAAGGAGUAAAACUGCAUCAAACUUGGCCGAAUAUGAACUCUGCGCAACACAUGUUAUGUACCAAGGCCCUGUCAAUGGUAAUCAAACAGAUGGCAUCCUUGGACUUUCCCGCAUAUGGAAGUCUAUACUUUUCUGAUGCACCCCUCGAAGCGCACUUGCAGAUCCCCUUCGAACAGGGGUUCUGUAUUGGGCCGCACUGCAGUCCAAUCUUCUGGAACAGGAACGCAGGAGAGGUAGAGCUUUACGGCGGUCCAAGCCCUAAUUGCGGUCCUUUUAUGCAGAGAUUGAUCCAAGAUAAGCGCAUUCAGGAUGCUGCGACGCCAGCUCUUUCGCACCCUGACUAUCACAAACGGAACAUCUACGUCUCCCUAGAAGAUCCAACUAUCAUCACUGGCUUGAUAGACUGGCAAUCAACAAGCAUCGAACCAGCCUUCAUCUACGCCAACGAAACCCCCGAUUUCGCCACUCCUCCACACCUCGACGACGAACAACCAACAACACCUAUCACCAUCACGACAGCACGCGAACGCAAAGACGCCUCAAUCUGCCAUCAAACCUACAACGUCGCCCUAGUAGGCCUAGUCCCCCAGCUCCGACCCGCAAGACUCCUUGAUCCGACCUUAUUCCGACUCUUCCACUACACCCAUUUGACAUGGACAGGUAGUGCAGCUGCUAUCCGUCAGGAUCUUAUUGAGCUAUCGGAUCGGUGGGCGGAGCUGGGAUUGCAGGGAACGUGUCCGUAUUCUUUAACGGACGAAGAACGGGAAAGACAUGCUAGGGAGUAUGAGGACUUUGAAGCGGUCCAAGGCCUUAAGCUAUGGCUUAAGGACGUUUUGAAUACGGACUCUGAUGGCUGGAUUCCGAAUGAUGUUUGGGAUGCGGCGAGGGAUGCGCAUCGCGCUGCUUAUGAGGAGUGGAUACAGACGGCGAGGGAGUUUGAAAAUAGGGGGGAGGAGGGGAUGACGGUGGAGAAGGCGGAGAGGUUGUGGCCGUUUGAUGCGAGAUAA